AUUGGCGCUCAUUGUUAACCCCAUUUUGCUUCUUCUCAUUAGAUCCCAGAAAAGGAAACCCCUAUUUCCCAAAUCCUCUUUUCAGCAACAAUGGGUGGCUCUCACAGUCGCGAGGAGCUAAUUUCCGACUCCGAUGAAGAAGAAUACGAAGAAGAAGAAGAAAACUACCAAGAUUCCAAAGACGAUACGCCGGAGAGAUCUUCUUCCGGUCGAAGACCCAAAACGCCGUCGUCUCUCGACGAAGUAGCGGCUAAACUGGAAGCUUUAAAACUCAAAUACCCAACAUCCAACACCCCAAACCCAUCUCUCAAAAAUGCCGUGAAGCUUUACCUUCACAUCGGCGGCAACACUCCUAAAGCGAAAUGGGUUACAUCCGAGAAGUUAACAUCUUACGCUUUCAUCAAGACGGCGAAGAUCGACGGUCAGGAUGGAGCGGAAGAUGGUGAAGAGAGCGAAAAUGAGGAAGAAAGUGGAGAUGUUUGGUGGGUUAUGAAAGUGGGUAAUAAAAUUAGAGUGAAAGUUGGGGUUGAAAUGCAGUUGAAAAGCUUUGGAGAUCAACGUAGGGUUGAUUUUGUAGCUAAAGGUGUUUGGGCAAUGAAAUUUUUUAGUGAUGAAGAGUAUAAGAGCUUUGUUAGCAAAUUUAAUGAUUGUUCGUUUGAGAAUACUUAUAAGAUGGAAUCAAAUGAUGCUAAUAAAGUUAAGGUAUAUGGGAAAGAUUUUAUUGGGUGGGCAAAUCCCGAAGCAGCUGAUGAUUCUAUUUGGGAAGACGCUGAGGAUGCUUUCUCUAAGAGUCCACGGUCAGCGACUCCGGUGAGGGCAAAUCAAGAUCUAAGAGAGGAGUUCGAAGAGGCCGCGAAUGGAGGGAUACAAAGCUUGGCUUUAGGGGCAUUGGAUAAUAGUUUCUUGGUUGGUGAUUCAGGUAUUCAAGUUGUUAAGAAUUUCACUCAUGGGAUUCAAGGUAAAGGUGUUUAUGUUAAUUUUGAUAAUGGAAAUCAAAGAAGUGGUUUGAAUUCGGUGCAUUCAACGCCGAGGAAGGCACUUUUAAUGAGAGCCGAGACGAACAUGUUGCUAAUGAGUCCUAAAACCGAAGGGAAGCCUCAUACAACAGGGCUUCAUCAGCUAGAUAUCGAGACUGGGAAGAUUGUUACUGAAUGGAAGUUCGGGAAAGAUGGAACUGAAAUUACAAUGAGGGAUAUUGCUAAUGAUAGCAAAGGAGCACAAUUGGAUCCAUCGGGGGCAACAUUUUUAGGACUCGACGAUAAUCGGCUUUGCAGAUGGGAUAUGCGAGAUCGAAACGGGAUAGUUCAGAAUCUUGCUACUAGUACCCCAGUUUUGAAUUGGACACAAGGGCAUCAGUUUUCAAGAGGGACUAACUUUCAAUGCUUUGCAACAACAGGGGAUGGUUCUAUUGUUGUAGGGUCACUUGAUGGGAAGAUUAGGCUAUAUUCAAUCACUUCUAUGAGACAGGCAAAGACAGCUUUCCCGGGUCUUGGUUCGCCUAUCACUCAUGUCGAUGUUACCUUCGAUGGGAAAUGGAUAUUGGGCACAACUGAUACAUAUUUGAUCCUUAUCUGCACCCUUUUCACUGAUAAGGACGGUAAGACAAAGACUGGGUUUAAUGGACGUAUGGGGCACAGGGUAGCGGCUCCGAGGUUGUUAAAGUUGACUCCGCUCGAUUCACAUCUAGCUGGGGUUAAUAACAAGUUCCGUAAUGCUCAGUUUUCAUGGGUCACCGAGAACGGGAAGCAAGAGCGUCAUUUGGUUGCAACGGUAGGCAAGUUUAGUGUCAUAUGGAACUUCCAACAAGUGAAGAACGGGUCUCAUGAAUGCUACCAUAAUCAAGAGGGUUUGAAGAGCUGCUAUUGUUACAAGAUAGUCCUUAAGGAUGACUCUAUUGUCGACAGUCGUUUCAUGCACGAUAAGUUUGCAGUCAGUGAUUCACCUGAAGCUCCACUGGUUAUUGCUACCCCACUAAAGGUCAGCUCGUUCAGCAUAUCCAGCAGGCGCUGAUGACAUGGUUCGUAUAAACGCAUGCUCUUCCUUUAUUUGGUCGCUUUCCAAAUGUAAUUGAAAAAGUCGAGACUGCAAUUUUAGAGCCUUCUAAAAUGUUGUUUUCCUUGUUAGAUUGAAGUGUUGUUUGCAAGUUUUAUCUGGAUAAAGACUGUUAGUGAUUUCCUUAUUUGCUAGCAUUUUCUAUUGUGUAACUCCUUAUGUUAUCACUUGUUACUGUUGUGUUUUAGUUCUAAUUCUAAAUGAAGCUGUUAUUGAUAUCAA